AUGACAGCUCUCGUAUCUCUCCCGAACGAAAUCCUCCAUAGGAUUGCCUAUUAUGCCGACCGCGAGGAAUUGCUCCAGUUGCGGCUGGUCUGUCGGUCGCUGAGCAAUGUUAGCAGGAGGUGGUUGUUCCGGUAUGCCUGCGUGGUGCCGACAGAUGAAAGCUGUGAGAAAUUCGAGACGAUCUUGAAUGAUCCGUCCCUUGCGUCGUGCGUGACGAAGGUGUAUCUGGACACGGCUAAUUGGGACCAUGAUAUUGAUAUCGAGGAGUACGAUGACGACGAGGGAGAAGAGUUAUUUCUUCCACGGAGAUAUAGCAAACUGUUCAACCGACUCAAGGACUUCCCUAGUCUCCAAGGGGCUGUGUUGCGUUUUGCCCACGAGUGCUAUGGACGAAUAUCACUCGACUCGUUCUGGAACGACUGCCAGCAAGAGCCUCCCUUCCGUGAGAGUGUCCUGGGGUCGUUCAUGGAAUCCGUGGCUUCCUUGCCGCGACCUGUUCGAGAGCUUGGGAUUCGCGAUCUCCAGAACAUCAAUCAGACGGACGAAACGAUCGUGGAGAAUACCAGAAAGGUUUUAGGAGGACUCUCUACACUACGGCUAAAUAUUACCAACGAGCAUAGCGAAGGAAACGGAGAGAAUGAUCUGACGCAUGACGAACCGCACCAGUUCUUCUCAGAGCUGCCAUCUGUCUGGCUACAGCCGACGUUAGCAAAUCUGCAACAUCUGACACUCUACUCGAGCAACUACUUUGGCUUCUUCCCGAAGUUCGAUCCCACAGGAUUACACUUCCCGCAACUCCAAACCCUCGCUCUCGGCAACCACGCCUUCGUCCACGACUCGCAACUCGACUGGAUCCUCUCGCACGCCGACACACUCGCCGAGCUGUACCUCGACGACUGCCCAAUUCUCUACGAAGUCGCAAUCUACGAAAACGAACAAACAUACCUGGACCCAGCCUCCUUCGGGUCCAAACAAGGUCUAGGGGAAAAGCAUUACGCUGCGUAUGACAAACGCUGGCAUGACUAUUUCAACGCCUUCAAUGACAAGCUGCCGCACCUGAGACAUCUCCGGGUUGGGCACUGCCCGCAUUGGUGGGAUGAACAGACCACUCCCUUUGAACAGGAGCAACAUAUCAAGGUGAGCUUGCCGAGGGAUAGAUAUAUGGUGUUUUGCGAUGGAUUUGGGCCGAGUCCGUACAUGGAGGAGAUGAUUUAUCGGGAUGGUGAAGGGUCACGUCCGGAUUGCUAUGUGGAGGAUCAGAAGGCGUUGGAGGAGCUGUGCGCGAAAUUGGGCCAGAGGGCAGAGUGUGACCCGGAUGAAGAUAUCUAUGGUCACUUGUAG